CUUAUACAUAAAAUAAGUACGUGAUAAAGUAUAUACGUGUACUUAUGUAUACAAUAUGUUGUACUACUAUGUUGAAAACUUUUUUGUUUACAUCGUUUUCAUGCUUGACAAUUGAAUCAGUAUAUUCGUCGAUUAAGAAAAGGCGUGGUGACAGUAUUGAUUUAUAACCUAUAAAUUGUUCAUCAAUUGUCCACAUCAUGACUUGGCUUGGAACAAUCGCUAGUAAUGUUCUUCGGAUGGUAUACACGGAUGUACCACCGAGUAUAGUCCAAGAGGUUAAGCCCGAGAAUUAUAGUAAUCGACAUAUUGAAUGUCGCGAGGAUGGUAUCGUACUUUAUGGUCCAGGAGAAAAAAAUGAAAAAAAAUAUGAAAUUGUUCUUCAUAGACCUUGUACGGAAACAUUGCAUCAAGCAUAUAGUUUGUACAGAUCGGAAGAAAAGAAGGAAACCGAAAUACAUUUUCUUGUGUAUAAAGACAAGGUUCCGGUACUUGUUCAAAUUUGUCGCGAGAUGUGUAAUGUGAAUAAGAUACAAAAAUUGUGCGAUACCUUAAUGGAACAUCCUACAUGGACUCUGGCACAUUUGGCAGCUCACUUUGCUCUCUAUAAUGCAUUUGCUCAUGCAGAUGUGAAUAGUCAGUUAAAUAGCGGAGAUGUGGAAACGGGUGUAUCUCCUUUACAAGUUGCGGUGCAAACGAAUAAUCUACGUACAGUCCAAAUGUUGAUAGAAGCUAAAAGUUCAUUGGAACAUUUGGAUUUUAACGCAAAUACCGUGUACCAUUAUGCAGCGACAUCCACUAAAGAAAUAAUUUUAGCCCUUGGAGGUGAUCUUCCGAAUAGUUUAAACAGUCGUAACAGUAAUGGGCAUACGCCGAUGCAUGUCGCGUGUUUAAACAACAAGCCUGAAUGCGUUAAAGCUCUUCUUUUAAUCGGAGCAGAUGUGAACAUACCUGCUUCCGAGGGUCAACCUUCCAGCCCUGGUUACGUAGGAGAUUUUCUUCACAGUCAACCAAAUGUUCUUCAUGCCGAAGACAUGAGAUUUGGUGGCACGCCGUUGCACUGGUCGCUAAGCAGGGAGGUGAUUAACGCCCUGAUAGAAAGUAAUUGCGAUAUAGAUGCUUUGAACUUCGAUGGCCGUACGGCGUUGCACAUUAUGGCGAUGAGAAAACGGUUACCAUGCGUGGUGGCUCUAUUGAGUCAUAUGUGUUCCGUGAAUAUCGUCGACAAGGAUGGUAAUACUCCAUUGCAUUUGGCAGUUUCUGAAGGUACAGCGGCCAUAGUGCAAACUCUGAUAGGAUUCGGAGCGGAUAUCGAUGCUAGAAAUUGGAAGUCGGAAACGCCACGACAUCGUAUAAAUAUCGAUAACAACGAGGGCCAAAAGAUUUUGUACAUUUUAGAUGCAGUGGGGGCCCAACGUUGUCCACCGGAUAUGAUUAAUUGCAAUCUGGGCUGCAAAUAUAACGAAAAUUUUAACGGUAUUGCACCGCAACAACCGCCAAAAGCUAUACCGCGUACUAUAUUGGAUCAAAUGCUUCAUGUUUCCGGGAUGGAUAAAAUGGCUACGCAAGAAAACAAGAAGAUAAAAGGUGGUCGACUUCUUUGCCUGGAUGGGGGAGGUAUUCGCGGUUUGGUUCUCGUGCAAACAUUGUUGGAGAUUGAGUCGAUCUUGAAGAAACCUAUCAUCGAAUGUUUCGAUUGGAUCGCGGGCACUUCGACCGGUGGAAUCUUAGCCCUUGGUCUGGCAGCCGGCAAGUCUUUGCGAGAAUGUCAAGCGUUGUAUUUUCGUAUAAAAGAGGAAGCUUUCGUUGGUAUGCGUCCAUAUAAUAGCGAAGGUUUAGAGAAAGUGUUGAAAGAUAGUCUGGGCGCCAAUACCGUGAUGUCGGAUAUCGAGAAGCCCAAGAUAAUGAUCACCAGUGUAUUAGCUGACAAAAAACCCGUCGAUUUGUAUUUGUUUCGUAAUUACGAUGCACCGAGUGCUUUACUUGAAAUUCCAGAAAAUUCGACAUCUGCCUCUCCCGUGCCACCGAAUGAACAAUUGCUUUGGCAUGCUGCGAGAGCAACCGGGGCGGCUCCAUCGUAUUUUCGAGCAUUCGGUAAAUUUCUCGACGGUGGUUUAAUAGCGAAUAACCCGACUUUGGACGCUAUAACUGAAAUUCACGAAUACAAUCUCGCUUUAAAGGCCUCUGGACGCGAACAAGAAGUAAUCCCCCUGUCUUUGGUUGUUUCUCUUGGCACUGGUUUGAUACCUACCAGUCCAUUGAAAGAUAUCGACAUAUUUCUUCCCGAAAGUUUAUGGUCUACCGCAAAGUUUGCGAUGGGAAUAUCGGUUCUCGCGGUAUUGCUAGUGGAUCAAGCAACCGCGAGCGAUGGAAGGAUCGUUGAUCGUGCAAGGAAUUGGUGCUCUAUGAUCGGCGUACCUUAUUAUAGAUUUAAUCCGCAAUUAUCUCAGGAUAUAAACAUGGAUGAAAAGAGCGACGAAAUUUUGGCCGACAUGAUAUGGACCACCAAAGCGUUUAUGCACGCCAAUAGAGAUCAAAUAAAAGAAUUAGCCGCUGUGAUAAAUCGCGAUGUUUAUAACGACGUAUAAUAUUGCGUUUGAAUCGGAUAUAUAGGUAUGAUUGUAUUGCAUCCAUUCGAAAGAUGGCAUUUUUUAUCCUUAUUCUUUCUCUCUCCUCCUU